CCUCCACCCCAGCUCACCAACCUUCGAACCAAAAAGAUGCAACCAACAACCACAAUCCGAAUCCCGCGCUUCCUCCUCCCACGAGGCAUCCCCACCUCUCGAACCCUCCAACAAGCCCUCACCACCCGAACCACAAGCAGCACCGUAACAACCCGCCGCUGCGCCUCCAGCAAACCCACCUCCCCCAAGACCAAAGACAAACCGAUCGUCCUCCCGCAACCGGACAGAUUCCGGCCGCCGUCGCACCCGCAGCGGCGCGUGGUGCGCACCAGCAAUGGCCGCGUUGUGAACGCCGACCCGGUGCACUACGGCCCGCGCCUGACGGAGGCCGAGAAGGAGGCCCAGCGAAAGAAACAGUACCCCAACAUGUUCCCGCCCGAGGGGACGGUGGCGCAUAAGUUUCUGACGAAUCGGGGGAUUCAUGUUUGGAUUGCUAUGGGCGUCCUCACUUCCCUGGCAACGUUCACAUUUACCACGAACUUCAAGCGGUCGUCGCCGUUCGCGCAUCUGCUCCCUUCGUGGUCGGGGUUGCUGUCGCAUCCGUUCGAUACAGUGGGCCAGGCGCUCGCGGUGUUCCGGAUGCAUGUCGAGCAUUCGUCGCAGCAGACGCGCGAGAAGCGCCGGCAGCGCGUCGAGGAUGCCGAGAAGCGCCGGCAGUAUCGGAUUGCGCAUGGGUUGGAGGAGGCGCCGGAGGGUGCUGCUGAGGGUGCUGCCGCGGAGGCGGUCGAUGAUCAGUCGCCUAUUGCUCGGGAGGAGGAGGCCGGCGACGGCACAUAUGUCGAUUGGGAGGGGAAGAAGAGGCCCGUGAAGAAGUGGUUGGGUAUUUGGUAGGCUGGUACCGGAUCUAUCCAUCUGGUACAAUCGGGGGUCGAACUACAGAGCCCUGAGGUACUGCAAUGUGUAAGAUGAGGAAUAUAGUUGGG